AAAGCUAAAUCGAGAUGAUGAAAGUACAGCUAUUCAAAUGGCUUGCAAUUUUCGAUGAGUUAUGAGAUCAGGAUUUACUUAUUUUGAUAACUCCGCAGUCCUCUCCAAAGGGAUUUUUUUGUACAGGAGAGAGACAACCAUUCUUACCCCUUUUUUAGAGAGAGAAAACGCGGAUAUCACCUUUUUGCCCUUAUUUAAACAACCGCGCCCGCCCACAGCUUCUCUUAUUCCAUCAAAUUCCAGUUGCCCAUAUACACACGCUUCACUGUAUAAAUUCGAAUUGAGAGAGAGAGAGAGAGAUAGAGUUCCUUUUUGCCGUCAUUCGAGCAAAAGAUUCCAGAGCUUCUCUCAUUUCUGAUAAUUCCCCUGGUUAUAGAUCCAUUUAGAGUGGCUUAACUGCUUAGAUUCUAUGCUUGAUUUUGAGGUAUUUAAUGGCGAGAUUAGGAGGCAAAGCCCCAGUUCUCAAGUACAUUAUUCCAGCUGCAUGCGUAGGGCUUCUUGUUGCUGGUCUUCUUGCUAAUAUAUUGUGGGCUUCUUCUUCUUCUUCUCGACCUUCUAUUAUUUCUUAUUGGGAGUCUAGUGAAGAUUCAAGUAAAGUUAUCCCACUUAUAGAGACCAAGAAUUUUAAUAACAAUAAAGCACCCAUAGCGAGAGAAAAGAAAAAUUCGACCCCUGAAGAUCUAUCGGUGCCCCUAUUGGAAUGGGAGGAGAUGGUGCAGGCACCUGUCCCACGUCUUGAUGGAGCAGCCAUUCAGAUUGGGAACCUUCUCUAUGUGCUUGCAGGAUAUGGUACCAUUGAUUAUGUACAUUCUCAUGUUGAUGUGUAUAACUUUACUGAAAAUACCUGGGGAGGAAAGUUUGACAUGCCGAAGGAAAUGGCGCAUUCACAUUUAGGAAUGGCAACAGAUGGAAGAUAUAUCUAUGUGGUGACAGGUCAAUACGGCCCACAAUGUAGAGGACCUACUGCUAAAAGCUUUGUACUGGACGCCAAGACUAAAAAAUGGAGUCAAUUGCCCCCUUUACCUGUUCCUAGAUAUGCCCCAGCAACCCAGCUAUGGAGAGGCAGGCUCCACGCUAUGGGUGGAAGCAAGGAGGAUAGACAUGAACCUGCAUUGGAACAUUGGAGCAUUGCUGUAAAGGAUGGCAAAGCUUUGGAGAAUGAUUGGCGACCAGAAAUCCCAAUUCCUCGUGGUGGACCUCACAGGGCAUGCAUAGUUGUCAAUGAUCAUCUUCUCGUUAUUGGUGGUCAAGAGGGUGAUUUUAUGGCUAAACCAGGAUCACCUAUUUUCAAGUGCUCCCGCAGGAAUGAGGUAGUAUAUGGGGAUGUCUACAUGCUGGAUGAUGGGAAGGAGUGGAAGCAAUUACCUUCAAUGCCCAAGCCUGAUUCUCAUAUAGAAUUUGCAUGGGUUGUGGUGAACAACUCUAUCAUUAUUGUUGGUGGCACAACAGAAAAGAAUCCAGUGACAAAAAAGAUGGUUCUUGUUGGAGAAAUAUUCCGGUUCAAUUUAAAUAGAAUGGAAUGGUCAACAAUCGGAAGGAUGCCGUUUCGUGUUAAAACUACUCUGGUUGGGUUCUGGAAUGGGUGGCUGUAUUUCACAUCCGGGCAGAGAGACAGGGGCCCAAAUGAUCCUUCUCCCAAGAAAGUUAUCGCAAGCACAUGGAGAACUAAGUUGAGUUUAUGAAUAACCACAUUAUUUUUGUUACUCUCGGAAGGGUUUCCAAUUUGAUAACCAUUUCAAAGAAAGGAGUUCGUGAGCAGUGUCGUUAAAUGUUGGUUAUUGUAUCAUAUUCAUGAUAGUUGUUAGGGGGAUGAGCAGCUAUUAGGACACGACCCGUGACUCGAGGUUGAUCAGGCAAGUAUUCCAGUUUGGUCUAAACCGCAAUUGAACCGGUCUGACCAUCUUUAAAGAGAAAUAAGUUGAAAAUAUUAAUUAUAUUUUAAAUGUUAAAAUCACUAAAUUGCUCAAGAAAUAAAAAAUUAGAAAGUUUAAA